ACACUUGGGUCUGACAUCAAGCAUUUGCCAUGUAUGUACAAUAAACAGCAGCAUUAGCAACCAAUAGCAUCCAGUGUGGUUUCAGCUUUCAAACUUCCUCUAAAUUGUGCUUACAUCCAGUCUUAACUGUGUAAAAGACAUUCUGAGAAAGACAGAGUAAAAGUGCAUUAAUGUGUCAUCUGUAUAACAAAAAAUGUCUCUACGAUGCUUGAUGUUGGUCGUCAUCUGCGUUGUGUUCAUCACCACAGAAACUGUUUCAGGUGAAGAAGUGAAUGUAGUUGGUGAAGUCGGUGGUACAGUGUCUUUUGGUUCAACCAGCAUAAAUCCUCCUGUCAGCAGCAUUAUAUGGAAACACAGAAAGAGCACUGGACUUGUUGUAAAAGUGAUUGAAUGGGAUCUUGAUGAUGGUUUUUCCACCCCUAAUCUGGGAUUCAGAGGCAUCACAACUCUUAAUGAGAAAACUGGAGAAAUCAAUAUAACUAAAUUAAAUUUCGAACAUAGUGGACCUUACACCAUCGACAUCAACAGUAAACAGCAGGAACAGAGAUUCAACUUGGAAGUGUUGGCACGGGUCCCCAAACCUGAGAUAAAAAUAGAGAAGACUGAAAUGAACCCUAAUGCUGUGUAUUUAAUAUGCGAGUACAGAGAAACUAUCAUCUGGAAGAAUUCUGCUGGAGAAACACUGAAGGGCUCACCCCACACUCCGAAAGGAGAACUUAUCACAGCUGAAAAAAAAGGAAAUCCAGAUGUCUUCUACACAUGCACACUCAAGAAUGCAGUGAGUGAGAGCACCAGUGAUCCGGUCUAUGAGAGAGAUCUGUUUGAAGAUUUAUGGGGAUUUCUCAUUUGGAUUGUCAUCGUUUCCAUCAGCAUGGUUUUUAUCAUCCUUUUCCUGUUUAUACCACCUUGUUGUCACGAUUAUUGUGCUGCUUGCAACGGGAGACACAAGACUUCCAGAAAAUGACGGUUGAUUCUAAAUCCCAGCUUUACUGAAGCAACUGGAGCUCUUAACUAUCUGUGCCUUCAUAACUUUGACUGUUGCUUUUUGACCUCUGUGUCUGCUGGACCAUGCUUUUUAUUUUCAAAGAGGGACAAGAUGAGAAUCUCCUCUGCUUAAUUUUUCUUUUGGCCAAGACUGGUGUGGAGAGUAGAGAAGUACUGAGAAGAGGAGAGAGACUGAAAUACAUCUACCAUCUGCAGCAAGAUCCAACUAUUGUGAGCUUUGUGGAUUUAAGUUAUGUGACUGUGGUUGGUUUUGCUGUGUGCCACUCAAAACUGAAAUGUGAGCUAGAUAGGAAGAUCAUAGACAAUUAUCUUUAUGUAGGGAGGUGGGUGGCAGUUUUUUCUGGUUUUGGAUUGAGGGUAUAUUUACAGACAAUGAUUAAUGCUGUGUUUUUUGCAAGCUAAUUCUUGUUCAGAACAAUCACUUUAGCAAAGUUUGUACUCUUUUCUGGUCAUUUUGAUGAAUAAUGAUAAUUUGUUCAAUAAAUCUAUUGUCAUUUAAA